GCUUUAGCUAGUGAUUUCUACCUGCGCUACUACGUCGGGCACAAGGGCAAGUUUGGGCACGAGUUUCUGGAGUUCGAGUUUCGGCCGGAUGGCAACAGAGGCAGACGGAUAGAUCCCUGUUUGUUCAAGGCUGCCAACCUCGUUACACAUUGAGAUCUUGUCUCAAAGAAAGGAAGGAAGGAAAGAAGGAAGGAAGGAAGGAAAGCAAACAGACCUUAACAAACCUGACCCAUUUUAUGUUGAAGGGAAGCUUAGAUAUGCCAACAACAGCAAUUAUAAAAAUGAUGUGAUGAUCAGAAAAGAGGCUUAUGUCCACAAGAGUGUAAUGGAAGAACUGAAAAGGAUCAUUGACGACAGUGAAAUUACAAAGGAGGACGACGCUCUGUGGCCGCCUCCUGACAGGGUUGGCCGGCAGGAACUUGAAAUCGUAAUCGGGGAUGAACACAUUUCUUUUACCACAUCAAAAAUAGGUUCUCUCAUUGAUGUAAAUCAGUCAAAAGAUCCCGAAGGCCUCCGUGUAUUUUACUAUUUGGUGCAAGACCUGAAAUGUUUAGUGUUCAGCCUCAUUGGUCUACACUUCAAGAUUAAGCCGAUUUGAAUGGGAUGUUCUUGAGGUUAUUUAUAUAUUUAAUUAAAAGAAGGGUUUUUUAUUAAUAAUUUCGGGAUUUUUAUGAAUGUGAAACUUUUGUAUAUAAACUCAAUAUAUGAAAAAAAAAACAACAGGUUAAAUGGUUUUUAUUUCUUGCCUCCACGUGGAAUGGACAGUUCUUAUAUAUAAUUGAUUCUGUAAAGAAAAGCCACUUUUUGUUGAAAAUUCGCUCUAAUAAAAAGUACCAAAGCCUAGA